AUGACAUUAGAAAUUGUUAAUGUUAUCUCAGACGCACUCUCUUUUGCAGUCGCUCACUGUUUCGUAGGUGGCCAGCCCAGAUUCCGUUUUCGUGAAAGAGUCAGGGAAGUUUCUAAGCAUGUACAUAGGCGCCACAAUGUAAAACUACAGGACACAGAUUGUUUUCAACAAUACCGAGGAUUUUUGUCACAACAACCACAUUCGCUGCAUCACACACUUCCCCACAGGAGCAGCGUUUGUCUCGUGUACCGACGACUUUGGAGCGAGGUUUUGGUACUGGGAGGGAGUACAGAGAAUUCCUCCACCGACUGCAUUGGAAGUUUAGAAUUCGUGUCUUUUACGCCGAUCUUUAACACAAAUAUAAAGCUACAGUUACAACUUCAAUUUCUCCCUAAAUCGUCUCAGAGUUUCAGCCUUUUAGGUGCUUUACCUGUCAUUCUAUAUUGGUUAAACUCGUUUGGCUCUAUUUAA